AUGCAAGAAUCCAGACUUCAAGAACUGUGGGAGGUCUCACAAGGAAAAUGGGAAUCCACUGUUCUCCCCACAGCCGAAGAUUUGGCCCGCGCCCGGGCCUCCUUGCCUACAAGCCUUCCAGAAAAAGGUUCCAGCCUUAAAUAUGUUCAACAGCAUAUCUUGAAUGAUAUUGUGCCGGCUUUCAAUGGAGGAAGUAUCAGUGCCAACUAUUAUGGGUUCAUAACUGGCGGCGCCACGCCGGCCGCAGUCUUUGCAGAUCAUGUUGUAUCUACCUAUGACCAGAAUGUUCAAGUUCAUUUGCCCAACCACUCUAUCGUCACAGAUGUCGAAUUCAAGGCCCUCGGUCUCCUUGCAGAUCUUUUUCGACUCGAUCGGGCCACUUGGCAUAAUGGAACCUUCACUACCGGUGCCACUGCAAGCAACAUUCUCGGUCUUGCCUGUGGACGAGAAUUUGUUCUUCGCGAAGCCGCAGAAAGACAAGGCAUUGCAAUAAGGAGUGUAGGCGAGGAAGGCUUAUUUGAAGUUCUAUCUGCACUAAAGCUUUCUGGGAUCCAAGUCCUUUCCACGCUACCACAUUCAUCAUUGGUUAAAGCUGCCGGUGUUUUGGGCAUUGGCCGUGCCAAUGUUCGUAAUGUUUGCCGUGCUGACAACCCUCUGCAUUUUGACCUCGACAAACUAGAGGAGGAGCUUGCCAAAUCUGAAAAAGCCAGUAUCGUCGCUGUUUCUUGUGGAGAAGUUAAUACAGGUCGCUUUGCAACAACUUUGGAGGAUUUGAAACAGAUUCGCCAGCUGUGUAACAAGUACGGAGCGUGGCUACAUGCAGAUGGCGCAUUUGGUAUCUUUGCCCGUGUCUUGGAUGACAACUCAGAGUUUGCCGCAGUUAGAAAUGGAGGCGAUGGCAUUGAAUUGGUGGAUUCUAUCACUGGAGAUGGUCACAAGCUACUGAACGUGCCCUAUGACUGUGGAUUCUUCUUCUGCCGUCACCCGGAUCUGGCCUCCAAAGUCUUCCAGAAUGCCAAUGCUGCUUAUCUGACUGCCGGUGCUACGGACGGCCCUACGAUCCCAUCGCCUUUGAAUAUCGGCAUCGAAAACUCUCGUAGGUUCAGAGCUCUGCCGGUAUACGCGUCGUUGCUUUUCUACGGGAGCGAUGGGUAUCGAGAGAUGCUCCAGCGACAGAUCCGGCUUGCUCGGGAAAUCUACGAGUGGAUCUUCGAUCAUCCAUCCUACACGGCUCUUCCUGAGACAACUUCAAAGCCGAAUCUUUUGAGCCAAACAUUCAUGUGUGUAUUGUUCCGUGCUAAGGAUGACGAUUUGAAUUGUGAGCUGGCAAGGAGGAUCAAUCAUACUUCAAGAAUGUUUGUCUCUGGUACAAGUUGGGACGGAGCCCCUGCAUGUCGCAUUGCAAUUUCCAACUGGAGAGUUGAUGUUGCAAGAGAUCUUGCUUUGGUAACUAGUGUUUUGGAGCAGGUCGCCUUGAAAUAG